UAUUCAGCAUGGUACAGCCCAGUGGGAUUUGCCAGGGAAGCAGUCGCCAGUGGAAAAUGGUCACGCAUAAGAAAGUGAAAGAGGGCAAGAAAAUCUGGGAAUUAAUGAUUUGAAAAAAAAAACACCCGGAAAAUGGUUUUGGAUCGCGCUCUGGUCGCUGCCAAGAACGGCGAUCUCCGAGCGCUGCAAGAGUUACAGAAGCAGGGGUUGAUCCAUCGGAAAGUGACCGACCAUCUCGGAGCUUCUCCGGUCCAUCACGCCGCCCGCUCCGGCAAACUGAACGCUCUGAAAUUCCUGGUGGACGAAGCGAAACUCCCCGGGAACAAGAAAGCCAAGAACGGGGCAACUCCGGCGCACGACGCAGCGGCCACCGGCAAUUUGGUCUGUUUGCAAUGGCUGCUCCGCUCAGGGGGCUGUCAGUUACAGGAUAAAGACAGUUCCGGAGCUACGGUUCUGCACCUCGCUGCAUGGUUUGGGCAUCAAGAUAUCACGGAGUGGUUAUUAAAAGGUAGAGACAGCGACCCAACAGCAGCAACAGACACCGGAGCACUUCCUGUGCACUACGCUGCUGCCAAAGGUGACCUCCCGUCGCUACGACUGCUGCUCGGACACCGUCCCAAUGUUGUAAAUACACAAAUGAAAAAUGGUGCCACUCCCCUAUAUUUGGCCAGCCAGGAAGGUCACCUGGAGGCUGUCCAAUACCUUGUGAAGGAAUGCGGAGCCGAUCCACAUCUCCGCGCCAACGAUGGGAUGACUGCACUCCACUCGGCAGCACAGAUGGGACACAAUACUGUAAUUGUCUGGCUGGUAAGCUUUUCGGACAUUAGUCUGUCGGACCAGGAUGACGAAGGUGCCACAGCUAUGCACUUUGCUGCCAGUCGAGGACAUGCCAAGGUUCUCAGCUGGCUAUUGCUACACGGAGGUGAGAUCGUCACAGACAACUGGGGUGGCACCCCGUUACACGAUGCUGCAGAGAACGGGGAACUAGAGUGUUGUCAAAUCUUAGUGGUCAAUGGUGUAGACCUGGCUGUUCAUGAUCAUGAUGGCUACACAUCUGCAGACCUAGCUGAGUACAAUGGACACGGUCAAUGCGCCAAGUACCUCAAGACCGUUGAGAACAUGAGUGUGGAGCACCGGGUCUUGUCUCGGGACCCGUCCAUGGAUCCUGAGUACAAGCAGACCGACUCGGGAAUGUCGUCCCCCAACACCACCAUCUCAUCGGAGCAGCAAGCCAGGUUUGACCUGGGCUCACCUCCCAGCACACUGUCCAACUACGAUUCCUGCCACUCGAGCCACUCGAGUACGAGAGAGAAGAGGAGCAGCCGGCAGGACCAGAGCCAAGGGCAAGGGCACGGACAAGACAUGGACACGUACAUGGACAUGUUGAAUCCAGAGGUGAGCCAGCGGAAGAGCAUGGCAGCUGGAAACAAGGGUCCUCCACCACCUCCCACCUUCCCUGCACCACCUCCGCCGGUGACCUCCGACCCUCCGCCACCACCCCCAACCUACCCAGCACCAGUGCCCCCGGAGGCAAACCCUUCUUCAGAAACGAGCGUGCAGGCGAGGAGUGAUCUUCGACGCGUUGACAAUGAAGCGCCAAAAAGACAUGAGUUAAACCCCAAUGAGAUAAAUCCAAGUAGAUUGCGGAGGGUAGAAUCAAAUCGGAAGUCAAGAAGUUUCAACAAAGAACCCAGCACAGCAGAUUACUACAAGAGUCUAGGAAACGACACAGUGGAAACCAGUCGGAUGGCACCCAAUGAGGAGGGUUCUUUUGUACCUCAGGAGGUGCUGAGGAAUGGAAGCGUUCCAGAAAACCAAACAACCAAUGAAAUACCUGCUCCUCCACCCCCUCCCCCACUCCCUGAAAGCGGGUCAGUCCCUCCACCCCCACCCCCUCCAUUGCCAACAGAGACCCCGCAGCCCAGCAACCAUCAGCGCAGGCCUUCAUCAUCUGGGGGAAGUACAAAAUCUUUCAACAUGAUGUCCCCUACUGGUGAUAACUCUGAGUUACUGGCUGAGAUCAAAGCUGGGAAAAACCUGAAGCCGACUGCGCAGAGUAAAGGAUGUACUGUGGUCUAUGCAAGCUCUGGGACAAUACCUGAACACCCGAGCACAAAGCGUCAGGGUGCCAGUCCAACUGAACCGGUUCUAAAUGGCAUUGCAAUGCCGCAAACAACUACGCUGGAUGUUGAGUCUCUCAUCCCAACUUAUGAUGAGCAGGGAGCCCCGAUCCCAGAGUGGAAGAGGCAGGUGAUGGCGCGGAAACUGCAGGUUAAGAUCCAGGAGGAGGAAGAACAGAAACGUAGAGAAGACCAGGAAGCAGCUCGUUUCGCUAAUAUGCCGGCAUGGAAGAGAGAUAUAGUGAAAAAGAAACUGGAUGAAGAAAGGGAGCAAAAGAGGAAAGAGGAGGAGAAGUUGAAGAAGGAUGAAGAAGAUAAAAUGAAGGAACAGUCGGAGAAGCUGCGGACUCUUGGUUACGAUGAAUCGAAACUGGCACCUUGGCAACGACAACUCAUCCUGAAGAAAGGAGACGUAGCAAAGCAGGAAUAAGACUCACCCUUGGAGUAUUCUUCCACUUCUGCUGUAGCGUAGAUUGUGCUGUUCAGUAGGAGACGGAUCUGAAGGUUUAAUUCACUGCUAAACAUGCUGGGGCAGCGCAGCAGAGCCAAUUGCUAGUUAGAAGCUCUUUCUUCAGGUCGUAUCACCCCAUGUAAUUCACAAGCCAACAUCCCCAGUUUGAGGAGAUUCUUUCAUGCUUUAACCUGCUCUCGCACCUCUGUCACACUUGUCCUAUUAUUCCCUACUUAUUCCUCAGCAUUCCCUUGUUAAUUGCUUGGGCACAAUGAUUUGUGUGGGACGAAUGAUCCAGAGCUGUCUACUAUUGUGGUGAUAAUAGUCUGUAGAUCUGCAAUCAAAAAAAAACCCAGUUAUGAUACGAUGUUUUCCAGGUAUAAUAUCAAUCCUAUUUCCAUCAGUAAAAUGACAGUACAAUUACAGAUUAUGGGGAGCGUUAUAUAAACUGGUCCAAAGCACAGUGUUGCACGUUAAGCCUAUUAGUUAAUUGAUUCAGUUUGUGUUUGUCAAAGAGCAGGGUAAUGUGAAGCUUUAUUAACACACGCGCUGACUCAGUUGGCGAGUGCACCACCCAACUGUAGAACAGAGACAAACAAGCCAGGACGAUUCCUGGCCCAGUCUGUGGCGUGCUAGCUGAUCUCAGCUGGGUCUGCUAUAGGUCACACUGCUAGGGUUAUACUCAGCACCUCAGGGAUGGUGAUGGAAAAAAUCAGUUGGCGAGGUUUCCAACUCGUGAUGCCUCUUAUAGACGUUGAGUGUGUGCAUCCCAGCAGGAUUAGUUGUGAUGCCUGCCAUGGUCUGUCACUACCCAGGGCCACAUAUGAGAAUGGCACUGUAGCCAUGCGUGAACCUAGGUGGCGAGUAAGGAUGGACUGUAUGACUGCAGCUGCCUCUCAACCAAUGUGAGGAGGGUGUCUGCUGCCUGUGGCUCCAUGCCUCGGAAUCAGCACUGACAGGACAGGAGAAAGAUGUCAAUCACCAGACAAUAUGUGAACUUGUAAUGCACCUCUUAUUCUAGUACAGCAGUCAUGGGCACCUGAAACAAGUUAAUUAAAUUGAGAAAACGUGAAAACCUUACUGAACAGCACUACUCACUGUUAGACAUCUAAUAAGAUUGGACGAUGGAAUGGUUUACCUCCAAGCAGCGAUGACAUGAUAGACAAACACAAUUGUAGGAACUCCUCUUUGAACCCUGGAACAUUGCUUAUCUAUCAAUCUUGUAUAUAAUUGAGGAAUGACCACUUAAUUUUCCCAAUGUGUAGGAUACCUGUUCUCCAGACAUUAUUGUGUACGCAGGGGAUGUAUCUCUUGUAAAGAAAUGCGCCUGAUGUUAUUUACAACACAGUUUGUGGAAUGUUAUAUAUUUUCUUGGAUGCCAUAACAAUGUAAUGGAAAGAAGUGGUGCAGAUGUUAUUGCCAUUAGCCUAUUUUCCACAUCUGAAGAUCUUUGUGCGCCCAUUUUAUUUCCAUCCCCCUGUGCGGUUAGUUUCUCAGCAGCUGUGUCUCCAUUUUCUGAAAGGUCUUAACCAUUUAAAA